AUGGGAUAGAGUGCAAAUUUUUGUAAAUAGUAAACUGAUAGACUAUCUGAAAGUUAUUGUGAACAAAAUAAUACUGAUUAUUUUGGUCCACAAUAUGCCUCUAAUUAUUUAAUAAACACAAAGUUCAUAUCUCAUAUUGAAGUAUAAAAUAGUAAAACAGAAGAAUAACCGAAAGGACCAUAACAUGUUUCUUCAACUAAUCAAACUGAUCAAGAAUUACCACAGAACUCAAUCUAGAAAGAUGAGAAAUUUUUAACAAAUUCCAAUAAAAUAUUAUGUUCCUUACUUGAUUUGGAUUCUAAUAAUCUUAAUUCAUCUUAUGAUAAUUCAAUAAAUGCUAAUAAAAGUAUACUUAAGAAAAAUGGGUAAAAAAUUUCCAAACAACUAAAAAGUGUGAAAUUUAUGAAUAUAGAUUCCUAGAUUCCAUUUAGUAUUACUUAAUAAAAGUAACUAGGGAAAUUAUUAAAGAGAAAAUAAAAAUGA